AACAACAACAACAACAAGAGGAGUGGUUGUCUGGAGCUCCAUUAUGGUGUUUUCUGGCCUGCUGGUGCCAUUAUAAUGGCUUUAACAACCCUCCUGGUGCCAUUAUAAUGGCUCUUAGACCCGAUAUAACCCUACAUGUUGGUCAGGUUGUAAAUUAUUGCUUCAUAUGAGAGAGAUUUCAGUAUCAAGGAGCUCUAAAGACAAGAAUACUGUACGUACUUAUGAGUGGAAGGUUUUACCACAACUAUGUCUAUGAAAAUAUCUGCAAGGUUUCAUCGGGGAAAUCUGCAUAAUGUUGACGAGAAAAUACCAAACGGACAUUCUACUAUCAUCUACAUAAGAGAAGGGCCUGGGGUCUUGUCUUCCUCCUGUUCCACGCCCGAAAAUACAAUAUUGGAAGUGCCGUCUACCACUCCAGACACUGGUGGUGUGUCUGGGAUGUGGUUGAGUGGACGGGAAGGGGGUGGCUUGCCUUGGGAAGAGAUUUCCCGGGUUCUGCACACAGAUCCCAAUCUUGGUAUCUCUUCCCGAGAGGUUCUGAAUCGUAGACAGCUAGUUGGUUACAACGAAUUCUCUGAGGCAGUGGAUGAUCCCCUCUGGAAAAAAUAUUUGGGCCAGUUUAAAGAACCAUUGAUUCUCCUUUUGCUGGCAUCUUCAUUCGUUUCUUUGUGUAUGGGCCAAUUCGAUGAUGCUGUUGUCAUCACACUUGCAAUUGUAAUUGUAGCAUCAGUGGCAUUUAUUCAAGAGCUUAGAACAGAUAAAGCUCUAGAGGAGCUCAAGAAACAGGUUCCAGCUACUUGUACGUGUCUUCGUGAUGGCAAUAUUCGAGAAUAUCAAGCUAGAGAAUUGGUGCCAGGGGAUAUUGUUCAUCUUAACAUUGGUGACAGAGUGCCAGCAGAUCUGAGGCUGUUUGAGGCCUUAGACCUGAGCAUUGAUGAAUCCAGUUUUACAGGGGAGACAGAGCCUGCGCCUAAGAUAUGCAGUGUAAUAACUACAAGCAACUACAGCACAUCAGGAAGCAUGGGCAACCUUGCAUAUAUGGGAACAUUUGUACGCACAGGUCGGGGAAAGGGCAUUGUAAUAAGUACAGGAGAAAAAUCGCAAUUUGGGGAAUUAUUUCGUAUGAUGCAAGAGGAAGAGGCACCAAGGACACCCUUGCAGAAGAACAUGGACGAAUUAGCCAAAAAACUUUCCGUUUUCUCAUUUGGCUUCAUAGGAAUAGUAUUUAUUUUGGGAUUGUACCAAGGCAUACCUAUUCACAAGAUAUUUAAUAUAGCAGUAAGUUUAGCUGUAGCUGCCAUACCUGAAGGGUUACCCAUUGUAGUCACGAUGACAUUGUGUCUAGGCAUACGACGUAUGGCUCAGCGCUCAGCGUUGGUCAAGGGCUUGCACACUGUAGAAACUCUUGGCUGUGUUACCACUGUUUGCUCGGAUAAAACUGGAACAUUAACUAAGAAUGAAAUGACAGUGACGUCUAUUGCUACCUCAGAGGGUGACGAGUGUCGCAUGACUGGAGUUGGUUAUUCCACAGAUGGUGAAGUUGUGUUUGAAGGAGGAUACUCAGAACUAGCUAAUGAAGCUGUUACCAAACUCUUAGAGACAGGUGCUGUUUGUAAUAAUGCUCAGAUCAUUGGAGGUCAGUUACUUGGACAACCCACUGAAGGGGCUAUUCUUGCUGCUGCUAUCAAGCACGGUGUAUAUAAUGCAAGAGAUAAAUACCAGAGAUUAGAGGAAAUUCCCUUCAAGUCAGAAACAAAAACAAUGUCAGUGAAAGUGAAGAAUAAGAAGACUGGAGAGGUAGAAUGGAUUGUGAAGGGUGCAAUUGAAGCAGUAUUAAGGUCCUGCACUCACUACCAUCAAAAUAUGGCUUUACUUCCACUCUCUCAGGAAAAGCAACAUAAAAUUUUGACUGCAAGCCUUGAGCGUGGGCGGCAAGGACUUAGAGUAAUUGGAAUUGCCCGAGGAUCGUCCUUAUUAGAAUUAAGCUACAUGGGCAUGUUAGGCAUCAUGGACCCUCCGAGAGAAGGGGCUCGGUCUUCAGUGACCACACUGCAAUCCACUGGGGUCAGAGUGAAGAUGGUCACAGGUGAUGCUCAGGAGACGGCAUGUGCUAUAGCUCAAGCUGUUGGCCUGCAUGUACGUCCUGGAACGGUUUUCUCUGGAGAACAGCUGGACAACAUGGAUGACCGGGUGCUGACUGGAUUGGUAUCUGAUGCAACAGUGUUUUAUCGAGUGUCACCCAGACAUAAACUGCGUAUUGUCAAGGCUCUUCAGGAAUGUGGAGAAAUUGUUGGCAUGACAGGUGAUGGUGUGAACGACGUUGUUGCCCUUAAACGUGCAAAUAUUGGUAUCUCCAUGGGCAAGAUGGGUUCAGCGGUUAGUAAAGAAGCUGCUGAUAUGAUCCUCAAUGAUGACAAUUUCACCACUAUAUUAUCUGCAAUUGAGGAGGGAAAAUGUAUUUUUCACAAUAUUUCAAACUUUGUGCAAUUCCAAGUGAGCACUAGCCUAGUUGCUCUCAGUCUUAUUGCACUUUCUACACUCUUUGGCCUACCCAGUCCCCUCAACCCCAUGCAGAUCCUGCUGAUUAAUGUAAUAAUGGAUGGACCUCCAGCACUCACUCUGGGUAUGGAGCCUAUUGAUGAUGAUGUUAAAGUUCAACCUCCCCGAGAUACGACCAAAGAUCUGAUAACAAAGAAACUCAUCAAGAACUGUGUGAUAUCAGCUUCAGUUAUAAUUUGUGGAACCUUGUGGGUCUUCAGAUCUGAAAUGAGUGAUGGUGUUGUGACUGCAAGGGAUACAACCAUGACAUUCGCUUGUUUUGUGAUGUAUGACAUGUUCAAUGCCAUGUCUUGCCGUUCAGAGUCCAAAUCAGUAUUGGAGAUAGGUAUCACUUCCAAUUGGUACCUAUUUGUUGCUCUUACCGCUACAAUUGUUUGUCUACUUGGUGUUGUGUACUUACCCUUUCUCCAGUGGGUGUUCCAGACAGAAGGCAUCCACAUCUCAGACUGGAUACAUCUUUUAUGUCUCACCUCUACAGUCCUCCUUGUCUCGGAAUUUCGAAAGUUCCUCGACCGUCGCCACGAAUACUCUGCUGCAGUUUUUUCAAGCAAGAGAUUUUGGUCAUCAAAGAAAUCUUCAAAAUCAUCAUCAUGGGUGGAUGAAGUGUAAAUUUUCAUUUAUGUAAAAUUGUACGUAUGAAUGUUGAAUGUGAGCAUGUGUAUAAUGUACAGAAAUUGUCCUUAUUUAAGGAUGAGUUGCAUUUGAGUAGAAUUUUUGUAUCAUUUUUAAAACUACAAGAAAACAAAAUGUGAACUUCUGUGCCUCUGUCUCCCAUCAGUUUUUUUAAGCAUUUUAUACAAGGGUGCAAUAUUUCCAUCAUAGGUUUUUUUCAUUGUAUUAAACCUGCAGGUAUCUCAAUUUGUAAUUUUAGUGCUAAUAUAUUCUUCCUCAUUUGGUUUAUUUUUUUACUUUUGACAGGAUUGAAAAACUGCUAAAUAAAACUGAUCAGUUCAAAUUAUAAAUAUUUACCUAUUUGUAUAAUAUAAAGUUGCCAUAAUAAGCUCUUGCUCAAGGGUACCUACUGUAAGGUUUUAGCCAUUAUUGGAAGUCAUUGAAGAUUGUCAGCAUUUCCUCCAUAUUGUAUCUUGCUCUCAUGCAUGCAUAAAAGGCAAACUAAAUACUACAUUAGCUCUUCUUUGAUGCAUUACCUGUAGAAUUUUCACACAUAAGUCAAAUGGUUUUGUAAAGUAAAAGGACACAAGUGCAACUAAUGUGACAUUUUAUUGUGGCAACGUUUCGCUCUCCAGGAGCUUUAUCAAGCCGAUACCGGCUUGACAAAGUUCCUGGAGAGUGAAACGUUGCCACAAUAAAAUGUCACAUUAGUUGCACUUGUGUCCUUUUACUUUACAUAUUGUCAGUAAUUCUACCAACAUUAUUACAAUCAUAUGGUUUUUUUGUCUUGAGGUCAAAUUCUACAGAUAUUCAUAAUUUAAAUCUUAGAUGUUGCUUAUUGUUCAGUGAUGCCCUUUUGGUUAAUAGCAGUGCAGGCAAUUUUUAUCAGCAGUGUCGAGAAUUUUUUAUAAUUUUUAUAAACGGUUAUAGAAGAUGACUCAAAUGUACUAUGAUGCUGAUAUAGUUUUGAGAAUGUUUAACCUGUGUUACUCUUCCCUAAUAAACGGAGUGGAUCAUAUGUCCCAUAAUGUGGAUACGAUUUGCUUAUUUGACUGUAUUUUUACAUUAAACUUUUAUUGUAAUACAUGUGGUUUUUCUCAACAGAAAAACCUGUAUUGCUUGACUAUGAUAAAAUUGCAGGAUUUCGGCAUUUACAGUGUGACCUAGUUUCAUGAAUAAAAUAUUUUCCAGUA